AGCAGACCAUUAUCUGCGCAACAGGAGACGACGGGGCGGGGAGAGGCGCACGGUCUGUCCGCGAUCUGGACAGCAACUAAAUUCAAUACAGAAACUUUCUUGAAACACCACAGAGACAGCAAACAUGAGUAUGUACGGCUCCACUUCCAAACUGGCCACGAUGGGCCAGAGGAGCAACUCGCGUCCGGAUUUGUCAAGUUAUAGAAACGACGUGUUCGUCGGUGGAAACGGCUUCCAGGGGGACUACCCAGCAGGGGACGGAUACACCUACACCUACUCCAGGACCUCGGUGCACGGAGGUGGUGCAGGACAGAGGGUGCAAGUCAGCAUGGCUGGGGGUCCAGGUGGAGGAAUGAGUGUACAAGCCAUUCAGCAGAAAGCUGCAGUCCUGACCAACCAGUGUCAGGAUUUCCUUCAGAGAGCAAAAGUGACCAUCCAGCGUGGGGGUCCGGCCAUGGAAGCGGAGAAGUUUUUGAUGAUGGCUGCAGAGUGCAUGGAGCAGAUGAGCAACUGCGGCAGAGAGCUGCAGCAAAUGCGUAUUCCCAGUGAUAUUUUCAGAAAUCUAGAACAGUUUCAGCACAUGCACGGAGGGCUCCAACAGCAGCUCGUCGGUGCUACGACUAUACGACGGAACAGAGGCAGUGUGGGUUCCCUCGAGGGGGGGAGAAUCUUUAAUGAUGCCAUAGCUUGGAUUGCCCAACAGAAGCGCAUGAUUGAAACAGCUCCAUGGGGAGAUGACUCAGCCACCAUAGAAAAGCAAAUUCUAAGCCACAACAAACUCCACAGCUCAAUCCAGCGGAGCCCAGAAGUAGAGCGAGCCAGAGAUGACCUGACGUCAAGAUUUGACAAGUACAACCUCUCCAUGCUGGACCAAGAAUGGGACAGUCUGCAGAAAAUGUCCCACAGCCGAGUGAGCCAGCUACGAGACCUUCAGAGCAUCAUUGAAGAGAUCUCCCGAGAGAUCAUGUGGGUGAAUGAGAAGGAGGAGGAGGAGCUUGUGUUUGACUGGGGAGACAAAAACAUUGACCAGUACAUCCCCAAGAAGCAAGAGAGCUACUCUAGGCUGAUGAGGGACCUGGAGGAGAAGGAGAAGGACCUGAACAAGCUGAAGGUGAAAGCAGACAAUCUCCUGAACAGCAACCAUCCUGCCUCAGAUAAGAUUGAAGCCUACAUGGACACCUUACAGACCCAGUGGAGCUGGCUUCUCCAGAUCACCAAGUGUAUCCAUGUUCAUUUGAAGGAGAAUGCCGCCUACAGCCAAUUUUUCAAAGAGGCCAAUGAGACCUAUGCGAAGCUGCAGAGGGAGCAUGAGACGAUCCGAAGCAAAUUCUCCUGUGACAAGAACACUCCACUGGAAAACCUCGCUGAGCUCCUGAAAAACCUGGAGAAAGAGAAAGAACGUGUCAUGGAGAAUAAGAGGCAGGUCCAGAGUCUGGUCAGCAAGUCUAAGACCAUAGUUCGGCUGAAACCUCGCAACCCUGAGGAGAAGAGCAGCAGCCCUGUCAUAGUCCAGGCUUUGUGUGACUUUAAACAAGACCAGAAAGGCAUAAUGAAAGGGAAUGAGGGCAUCCUGAAGGACAACUCGCAGCGCAGCAAGUGGCUUGUGACAGGACCUGGAGGUCUCGACAUGCUGAUUCCCUCCGUGUGUCUGCUCAUCCCCCCACCAAACCCACUCAGCAUCGGCCUUGCCAACAAAAAUGAGCAGUAUUAUGAAGCCAUCAUGGCCAUUUGGAAUCAGCUCUACAUCAACAUCAAGAGUCUCAUCUCAUGGCAGUAUUGCCUCAAAGACAUCAAUUACAUCAACUCCCUCACUCUCAGUAUGCUGUCCAAGAUGCGUCCUGAGGAGUACCGCAGCGUCAUCAAAAGACUGGAAACUCACUACCAGGAGUUCCUGCGGACCAGUCAAGGUUCUGAAAUGUUCGGGGAAGAGGAUAAGAAGGUCAUCCAGGGUCACUUUGACAAAGCCCAGACCCACUAUGACACACUGAUUGUCCAGCUGCCUGCUUACACCAGCAAAGGGGAGGAAUCGACGAAGACUGAAACCCAGAAACAGGACACCAGCAAAACUUCCAAAAUCACCAAGACCACUGUCACCAAAGUCACCACCCAGCCUCCACAGUCCACCUCUACCCUCAGCCUUACACUGCUCAGCAGUUUGCAAGAGCUGAGACGCAAGCUGGAGAUGGCUGAAUCUGGCCUCACCAGACAUCUGCACAUUCCCCUGGGAGACAACAGUGUGCACGAGUGCUCGGUGAACAUUCAGAAGCUGCAGAAUGUGCACCAAGAUCUGGACUCCAUACAUGAUGAGUACCUGCGUCUAAGAGAAAGGAUCAUAAAGCAGCUGGAAGGGAUACCUGCUGACUCCGAACAAGCCAAAUUCCUCCGCUCCGAACUGGAAAUCAUCAACCAAAAACUGGGAGGCCUGCAGGGUCUCUACUCAGCUUACAUUCAGAGACUGUCAGCAAUCAAGGCCUUGCUUCAAAGCCUCCUCCAGGCUGAGGAUCUGAUCAAAGCUCACGAGGCCCGGCUGACCGAGAAGGAGACCAGCUCUCUGGACCUCCGUGAAAUUGAAAACUAUCGGACCACGCUAAAGCAAAUGAAGAAUGAGCUGGAGCAAAAAAGAGACCUGCUGACAUCUAUGGAGUCUGACCUGGGUAAAGCAGUGCACUGGAACGGUCAAAUCUCUGAGUCCUUCCACAAGUGUGACGUAGAUUUGUCCAAGUACUCAGACCUGGUGGGACAGAUGUCUGACCGCUGGCGUCGCAUCCAGACACAGAUUGAUAGCAGAGUGUGGGACUUGGAGAAGCAGGAGAAACAGCUACAACAUUAUCAGCAGAGCAGCACUUCCUUGGAUCAGUGGAUAGACAAUGCCAGGAAGCGCCAGGAUACCCUUCAGGCGGUGAAGCUCAACGACAUCCAGACUCUAAUGGACCACCUCAACCAACAGAAGGCGCUUCACACUGAAAUUAAAGGAAGGAAGGAGAAAGUGGAAGAUGUGCAGAAGAACGCAGACACCUGUGCUUCCUCUAUAAAGGACUACGAGCUGCAGCUAGCCUCCUACAGUUCAGGCCUGGAAACUCUGCUUAAUGUUCCUAUCAAGAGAACUAUGCUGCAGUCCCCUGCUUCUGCAGUCAGGCAAGAGGCGUCUGACCUCCAGACACGUUACAUCGAGCUGCUUACCCGCUCUAGUGACUACUACAAGUUCCUAGGGGAGUUGCUGAAGAACAUGGAAGAGCUAAAGAUAAGAAACACUAAGAUAGAAAUGCUGGAGGAGGAAUUGAGGCGUCUAAAGGAGGAUCUCCAGGAUCGUGGUCAGAAAAACAAAUCUCUGGAAGAUGCUUUGGCUCGCUACAAGUUGGAGCUCACUCAGUCACAGGACCAACUCAUUUCUAUGGAGGAAGUGAAGAGAACCACAGCAAUGCAAGCUAAUGCAGCCAAAGAGAGCCUGGAUAGCACACACAGCCACCUUCAAGACCUUAACGACCAGCUGACCCGCAUUAAAUACCAGCUGGACGAAGAGAAGAGAAAAAGAAGGUUGGCAGAGGAGCGCUAUACCAGCCAGCAGGAAGAGUAUGAGGCGACUGUUCGCCGUAGACAGAAAGAACUGGAAGAGCUCAACUGGUCCAAGAUUGACUUAGAGAAGACCGUGAAGGACAAAGAACGUGAACUGGAAAGGCUGAAGAUACAGCUGGACGAGGAGGCAGCACGUCGACGAAAUGCUGAAUCAGAUAUCUCAAAGGUAAGAACUCAGUGCACCCAGGAGAUUAACCAGCUUAAGCAGACGUACGAGACAGAGAUCCACGUUACCAAGACCACGAUCUUGAAGGCCUCGCAGCAGAAAGAAGAGGAUGCAGCAGACCUGAGGCUGCAAGUUGACAGACUCACUGCUGAGAAGAGAGACCUGGAGGAGGAGCUGAGGAGACUGAGGCUGUCCAUUUCUCACACAGAAGAGCAGAAAAGCAGAGCAGAGCAGGAGGCCAACCAGCAGAGGGCCUCAGUGGCACAAGAGACGAGGAUGCGCAGUGAGCUGGAAGUGCAGCUGAGAACACUCACACACCAGAGAGAAGACUAUGAGCUUAAAUUAAAGGAAGCCACUAAAAACAAUCAGGAGAAGUCCAGGCAGAUCAGCACACUGACAUUUAACCUGGAGGAAGAAGAGAAGAAGAGGAGAUCUCUGGAACUGGAAAUUAGUCACCUGAAACAAGCUCAAGCAGAGCUGAAGGCAAAGAACACCUCCUAUCUGGAGGCAAUCAACAAGCUCAAAGUGUCUGAGCAGGAGGUCCGUAUUACCCGAGUGGAGCUGGAGAAGCAGGCCAGUGAGAAAACUAAGGCUGAGCAGAGUUCUGCCAGACUGCAGAGUCGUAUCCAGGAACUUCAGUCCUCUCUGGAUGGGGUUGAAGCUGAGUUGGAAAAGCAAAAGAAAGCGACUCAAGAGGAGUUCACUCGCAGAAAGCGAAUGGAGGCUGAGUUGGAGAGGGUGAACCAUACCUGCAGAGAGCACACUACCACUAUUAGCACACUGAAAUCUAUUCAGAUAGAGGCCUCCAGCUCUGGGAGAAAGUAUGAGCAGGACCUCAAGGCUCUCCAGGAGGCUCUGGACAAGAGCAUGAGGGAUCAUAAAGUGACCAAGGAUGAACUGGCAGCUGUGUCAGCUGAACUGAAGACACUGAAGCAGAAGCUCCAGCAGGAACUGGCCAGAAUUAAAGAACUCAACCAACGUAAUGAAAGCUUGUACAAGACCAUUGAAGAAAAGAGUCGCCAACUUAAUGAAUACACUACAGAAAUUGAAAAGCUGAAGACUCUGACACAGAACCUCACCAAGGAGAGACUGAAGUUAGAAGAGGAGUUGAGAGCAGUUAGACAGGACAGAGAUGACUUGAAGCUUAGCAAAGACGCUAUUGAUGGAGAAAGUGCCGUUCAGAUCUCAGCCUUGCAUGUCCAGCUUCAGAGUAGCACCAAGAGGACAGCGGAGCUCCAGGCUCUCAUCACUGACCUGACUCAGGAGAGAGAAAAGCUUAAACUGGAAAUAGACAAAAUCCAAAAGCAAUCUAUUGAGACAUCUAUGAUGGUGCAUGAGUCCCAAAGCCAAUACAGUGAGCUGCAGAUGGAGAGGGAUAGUUUGCGAUCUAAGCUUAAACUGCUGGAGCAGGACAAGAACCGUCAGCAGAGGCUCGAAGAGGAGCUCACCCGCAUAAAACUCACACUAGAGACUGAGCUUCGCAACAAACAGCGGCUGCAGGAUGAGAAAAAUUCCAUCUUUAACGAGUUCAACUCUUUGAAGAGCCAGUAUGAGCGGAAAGACAGUCAGAUUAGGCAGGUUGAAUCAGACAGGGACAAGGCUGAUCGAGAGAGGCUCUCCCUGAAGAAUGAGAUUGAGAGGCUUAUGAGGGAGCUGAGAAGUGUUGAAGAGAGGUACAAGAGCCGUCUGUUGACCUCGGAGAAGGAGGCAUCCGACUUGGCUCUCAGGAGAGAUUUCCUGGAAAGAGAGAUACAGAGAUUGCAGCAAAGACCCAGCACCCUGACUAGGCAGACGCAGACAGAUGAGAAAGUCCUAACAAUUGAUCCAUCAAAGCUCCUAUUUGAUGGAGUUCGCCGCAAAGUCACAGCACACCAGCUUUGUGACUGUGGUAUAAUCAGCAAAGCUACUCUAGAUGACCUCCUAAAGGGAAAAAAGACAGUGGAUGAGGUAGCUGCAAACAUCCAGGUUAACCUAAAAGGUACUGGCAUCAUUGCUGGCAUGACAACGGGUUCUCAAGGUAAAAUGCCAUUCACUGAAGCCAAGAACAAGAACCUCCUCAGUCCAGAAAGUGCUCUCAUGCUCCUGGAAGCUCAAGCAGCAACAGGGUACAUAGUUGACCCUGUCUUUAAUGAGAAGAUGCCUGUGGAUACAGCUUGUUCCAGAGGGAUUGUGGAUACUGAAGACAGAGACACCUUGGUGACAGCAGAGGCAGCUAGCACAGGCUUCACUGAUCCAUACACUGGCAAAGUGUUAUCUGUGGGUCAGGCUUGCAAACAAGGCCGCAUAGACAAAGACACUGCCAUCCGCUUGCUCCAGGCCCAGGAGGCUAUUGGAGGCAUAUUGGACCCUGCUCUGAGUGUGUUUCUUCCCAAAGAUCUGGCCUUGAAUCGCAAUCUUAUUGAUGAGGAGCUCCACAGGGCUUUGAACAAGAAACCUGCCUGCUACCUGGAUCCAACAACAGGAGAAAAGAUAAGUUAUAAUGACCUUCGAAAGAAGUGCACAGUGGAACCUGUUUCUGGCUUGCUUCUGGUCCGUGGUCCAGAAAAGCCCAUGACAGUGAAGGGUAUCCGUGGUGAAGUCUCUGUCACAGAUCUGGUCAACGCUGAACUGCUGGAUGCAACUGACUUGCAGAAGCUCAAUCAGGGCAAACUCACCAGUAAAGACAUUGAAGACAAACUAAAGACCUAUCUCUAUGGCUCUACCUGUAUUGCAGGUGUGUAUGAUGAGGCCAAUGACAGAAUACUGCCUUUUUAUCGUGCAAUGAAGGAGGGUCUGCUCAUGAGAGGAACCACUCUGGAGCUUCUUGAGGCCCAAGCUGCUUCUGGCUUCAUUGUUGAUCCAGUCAACAAUGUCUUCUUGACAGUGGAGGAAGCUGCAAAGAGAGGCCUGAUAGGGAAGGAGUUUAAGGGUAAGCUGUUGUCUGCAGAGAAGGCAGUAACUGGAUACAGAGACCCAGAGACAGGAAAAACAAUCUCCCUCUUCCAGGCUAUUGAGAAAGAUCUUAUUGAGAAAGGUCAUGGAAUCCGACUGCUUGAGGCCCAGAUUGCCAGUGGUGGGAUUAUUGACCCUGUUGAGAGCCAUCGUAUUGAUGUCGAUGUUGCCUAUAGAAGAGGCUAUUUUGAUAGGGAGAUGAAUGAAAUCUUAGCUUAUGAAGGAGAUGACACAAAAGGGUUCUUUGAUCCUAACACCAAGGAUAACUUGACAUAUCUUCAGCUGAAGGACAGGUGCAUCACAGAUAGCAAAACAGGCUUGAUACUCUUGCCACUCAAAGACAAGUCGAAGCCCCAGAAGUCCUCUGAGAGCCGCACCAAUGUCCUCCGCAAAAGGCGGGUUGUAAUCGUUGACCCAGACACUGGGCUUGAGAUGUCAGUGAGGGAGGCCUAUCAUCGGGAGCUCAUUGACUAUGACACUUUCCUGGAGUUGUCGGAACAGGAGUGCGAGUGGGAGGAAAUAACCAUCAGGGGAGCAGAUGGCUCUGCACGUCUGGUGAUAGUGGACAGGAAAACUGGAACACAGUAUGACAUUCAGGACUGCCUGCAACGUGGCGUCAUCGAUCAAAAGUCUUUCGAUCAGUAUCGUGCUGGAACCCUAACCUUGACCCAGUUUGCAGAUGAAAUCACCAGCAAAACCAGCAGCUCUGAAAUGGUCCUUGCAGCCAGCAGUGUUGAUGACAUGGUCACCUGCAGCAGCCCCACACAGCCGUCCUCUCCUACUGUCCGUAAACGCUUCAACAGCAUUUCUAUUACAGUGUCUCCCCCAGAGAUGUUUGAUGACCAGAGCCCUGUGGCAGCCAUAUUUGACACAGAGACCUUGGAGAAGAUUACUAUCCCAGAGGGGCUCAGAAGAGGCAUAGUUGACACUAUUACAGCACAGAGAUUGCUGGAGGCCCAGGCAUGCACAGGCGGAAUCAUCAACCCUGCUACUGGCGAGAGGCUGUCCCUGCAGGACGCUGUCCAUCAGAGCAUCAUUGAUGACAGCAUGGCAAAUAAGCUGAAAGCUGCCCAGAAAGCUUAUGUUGGUUUUGAGGAUGUGAAAUCAAAAAGGAGGAUGUCUGUAGCAGAAGCAGUAAAGGAGACAUGGCUGCCUUAUGAGGCUGGCCAGAGAUUUUUGGAGUUUCAGUACCUGACAGGAGGCCUGAUAGAGCCUGGCUCCGGUCGGCGCAUCUCCAUCGAAGAGGCUAUCCGCCGAGGUUGGCUAGAUGGUCAAGCAGCCCAAAAGCUGCAGGAAUCUCGGAACCACCAGAAGAACCUGAACUGUCCCAAGACUAAGCUGAAGAUCUCCUACAAAGAAGCCAUGGACAGCUGUAUGGUGGAGGAAAGCAAUGGUAUGAAGAUGCUACAGGCCUCGUCUAUGUCCACAAAGGGCAUCAGCAGCCCUUAUAACGUCUCUAACCCUGGGUCUCGCUCUGGGUCCAGGGCUGGUUCUCGUGCCGGCUCCAGGAGUGGAUCUCGUAGAGGCAGUGUAGAUUAUUCCUCCACUUACUCCUACACCUCUUUCUCUUCCAGCAGCACCACCUAUAGCUCCAACUAAAUUUAGAUUAGUUGUUACCAGCAGCUUCUGUGCAGUGUGACUACUUUAUAACUGUUUGCUUUUCAAAACAUUUUACUUCUACUUACAAGAUUUGGGAGGGUUUAUUUGUUUAAUUGCUUAAUCUGAUUCUGAAUUCAUAUAAAUGUCUUGAUGUUUUGCAGAUUUAUUGAUUCAUUGUGUCUCAAUAUUAAAUGCUCAGUACUAUCACCCUAUUGUUGUAACACACAAAUGUUAAAUGAAUAUAUUUGUCACAGUUCAUUUUAAUAUAUUUUUUUUUAGAAUGUUAGAUGCCUGUUGACCUCAGAUUCAGCAUGGUCUCAGAAUUAAUUGUGCUUUUUUUUGCUAUUUUGCAGUUUUUUGUUAUGUGGUUAUCGCAGAUUGAUUCAUGUUUUUUUAAGAGAACAUUUUUUGUUAAUUGCAAAUGCUGAGGUUUAGCUUAAUAUACUUAUCUGACAAAGUAACAAUCAUUUAUUAAAAUUCCUUGCCAUUAAAAUGUUACUGUUGAGUGAUUAAAAAUAAAGUUGUCAUAGCAAUUUG